AUUAAAGUAGGGUAUAUUUCUCCAGAGUGUCGUCUGUAAUCAAUGGCUUCUUCACUCUCUUUCACUUGUCAUGUCGUCAACUUUCCCAUUUGUGAUCCUAAACUAACCAAUAGAAACCCUAGUUUCCGAUCCCUGCAACUUCCCCUUCGUUCAAUUCAGUGUGGUAUUCGUGAACUACGAGGAAGAAUCGACACAAUCAACAAAACCCAAAAAGUUACAGAAGCAAUGAAACUAGUCGCAGCCGCUAAGAUUCGUCGAGCCCAAGAAGCAGUCAUCAGUACUCGACCCUUUGCUGAAACCCUUGUUGAUAUGUUGUACAACAUCACCCAACAGCUUCAGUUUGAAGAUGUAGAUAUACCGUUGACAGAAAUAAGACCGGUAAAGAAAGUUGGCCUUGUUGUUAUUGGAGGUGAAAGAGGUCUUUGUGGUGGUUUUAACAAUGGGAUUUUUAAGAAAGCAGAGAGCCGGAUGGCGGAAUUGACGAGUCUUGGAAUUGGGUAUACUUUGAUUAGUGUUGGUAAGAAGAGUAAUGCUUAUUUUCGGAAUGUUGAUAGAUUUGUUGUUGAUAGAUUUGAGAGUUUUCCGACUGCUAAAGAGGCUCAGGUUAUAGCUGAUGAUGUUUUCUCUUUGUUUAUUAGUGAACAAGUUGAUAAAGUAGAGCUUUUGUACACUAAAUUUGUUUCGUUGAUUAAAUCUGAUCCGGUGAUUCAUACUUUGCUCCCAUUAAGAGGAGAGGAGUUUUUUGAUGAAGAUGAGUUUUUUAGGUUGACUAGUAAGGAAGGUAAACUGAGUGUGGUGAGGGAUUUGAGAGUGAAAAGGGGGGAAUUUUUUCCUAAUUUAGAGUAUGAGCAAGAUCCUGCUCAGAUUCUUGAUGCAUUGAUGCCAUUAUAUUUGAAUAGCCAGAUUUUAAGGGCACUUCAAGAGUCAUUUGCAAGUGAGGUUGCAGCUAGGAUGAAUGCAAUGACUAGUGCAACGGAUAAUGCUGUUGAGUUGAGGAGGAACCUUUCUAUUGCUUAUAAUCGGGAAAGGCAGGCGAAGAUCACAGGAGGCUGGAAUCUGCUAAAGACUCUAUAAGCUGAAAUCACAGCUAAAGCAAGAAAACAACAAAGGGUGAUGGCAUGAAGAACCAAAACCAGCUUCAAUCUACUGCAGAAUUUUCCAAAAGAAGUGCAACCUUCACUCCAUGACACCAUUUGGUCACCAUUGUAGGCUAAGUAAAGAAUUUCCCAAAUUGCAGCCAAUGAUGUAACCAUUAAGUAUGCUACAAGCUG